UAUUUGAUAAUUGUCCAGUCUUUGUGUUUAAUGUCCAGUCCGUGUGACCAUUGUCCAGUCAAUGUGAUCCUUGCCAGUUGACUUCCUAUUAUAGUCAAGUCAAUCUCUGUCCAGUCAAGUUAUUCCUUGUCGGAGUUGUCCUGUCAAGUUGAUCCUUGUCCAGUGGAGUUGAUCCCUGUCCAGUCAAGUUGAUCCUUGUCCAGUCAAGUUGAACCUUGUCCAGUGGAUUUGUUCCCUGUCCAGUCAAGUUGAUCCUCGUCCAGUGGAUUUAAUCCCUGUCCAGGCAGGCUGUUGUUAUAGGAAAUAUGGAAGAUUGGAAUGAGAAACUCCUUGAAGCUGCUACAAUAGGAAGAGUAGCAGAAUUGAAGCUUUGCCUAGCAAACGGAGCUAACAUUGAUUAUCGAAAGGAGUAUGGAGGAUGGACAGCAUUAAUGUUGGCAGCCAGGUUUGGACAUGUGGAAGUUUGUCGACUUCUCCUGGAAAACAGAUGUGAAACAGAUAUCACAUCAGGUGGUGGAUGGACAGCAUUAAUGUUGGUUGCCAGGGGAGGACAUGUGGAAGUGUGUCGACUUCUCCUGGAGAACAGAUGUAAAACAGAUAUCACAGAUGUUAGAGGAUGGACAGCAUUAAUGUCGGCUGCCAGUGAAGGACAUGUGGAAGUGUGUCAACUUCUCCUGGAGAACAGAUGUAAAACAGAUAUCACAUAUGUAGAUGGAAAAACAGCUUUACAUCUGGCUGCUGAGUGGGGAUAUCUACAGACCACAAGAUGUCUUGUAGAAGAAGGAGAUAUCAGUCCCUUGGUUAAAACACAUCAGGGUAAGACUCCAUACGAUCUAGCAGCAGCAGGAAAAAAUGGGCAGUAUAAAGAAGUGAUGGAAUACUUACAGGUACAUAUACUUUUGAAUUACAUAUGCUUACACUUAGAACAAAUCAGGUACAAAACACAGUCUGUUAGGUAGAGGAUACACUUACCAGCAGUAAAACUAAACACUGUUGGGUUCCAGAUAGCGGGUUAUUUUCGCAGGGUGUUUAUUUUCGUUUAUUUUUGGCAGAUAAAUGAAAUUAGCAAACAAUGU